UUGUCCAUACCGCACGUCUUCUCCGCAUUAUUUCAGAUGGAUGCCGGUCUGCUAACUUAAAAACGCCAACAGUGUGUGGAGUAUUUCAUUCGCGCUCAGUAAUACGAAUGGGGUUGGAUUGCAACACCUACACAAGAUGCUCUUUAAGGCAUCAAGUGCUUCACGGUGGUUUGCCCAGCCGGUGAGAAAAUAAUGCCACGUCCACACGAGCCGUACCCCGCCUCUUCAAGAGGAUCAGGCGGACCGUUUUGAUGUCUAUGGGUCUUCGAGCUCCAGCUAUAAAAGGACGACAUGAUCCCCGCUGAGAAUGACCAUCAUUCAGCUCACUCGUCCUCAGCGACACCGACCUCCGCUAGUUGCACAGAACUUUAAGGCCAACGUCCUCACGGCAACGGCUGCCUUUUGUCAACAAUGCUUCUCUACGCUACUGUGGCCUUGACCCUCUUUGCCGGUGCCAAAGCUCAAGUCGAUGGCAUCUAUUAUCCUCAACCUCUUGAGGGAUACUAUCCUUCGCCUCGCGGAUCCGGCCUCGGUAAUUGGUCUGCUGCAUACGAUGCUGCUCGCGCGACUCUUGGCGACAUGACUCUCCUUGAGAAGGUCAAUCUUACGACAGGCAUCGGUUGGCAACAAGGCCCUUGUGUAGGCAACACUGGGUCUGUUCCUCGUUUGUGCAUCCCUUCUCUUUGUCUUCAAGACUCUCCCCUUGGUGUUCGCGACACGGACUACAACUCAGUCUUCCCUGCCGGGAUCACCGUCGCUCAGACUUUCAACCGCACGGCCAUGUAUUUGAGAGGUGUUGCUAUGGGUAAGGAAUUCCGUGGUAAGGGUGUCAAUGUCCAACUGGGGCCUGUUGCUGGACCUCUCGGUCGCGAUCCUGAAGGUGGUAGGAACUGGGAAGGCUUCAGCGCGGAUCCGUAUGUUUGCGGUGCCGCCAUGUACGAAACCAUCACCGGUAUUCAAAGCCAGGGAGUCAUUGCCUGCGCCAAGCAUUACAUUGCUUAUGCUCAGGAACAUUUCCGUCAAGUUGGAGAAGCCGAGGGUUAUGGCUACGACAUCACCGAUUCUUAUUCGUCCAACCUGGGCCAGAGGACGUUGCAUGAGCUCUACGCAUGGCCCUUCCAGGAUGCAGUCAGGGCCAACGUCGGCAGUGUUAUGACCUCAUACAAUCAGAUCAACAACUCUUAUGCCGCUCAGAACGCGUAUCUCAUCAAUGGUGUUUUGAAGGAUGAAUUCGGCUUCCAAGGCUUUGUUGUUUCUGACUGGUGGGGCCAGCACAGCGGUGUGGAAUCGGCUCUCGCAGGGUUGGAUAUGUCUAUGCCGGGUGACACAGCAGCCGGCUCCGACGGUGCCUGGUUUGGUCCCAACCUCACCGAGGCUGUUGUAAACGGAUCUGUUCCUCUCUGGCGUGUCGAUGAUAUGGCUACUCGAAUUCUUGCCGCCUGGUACUAUAUGGGACAGGACAAUGAUUAUCCAGAGGUUAACUUCAACUCUUGGACGCUUCGUACUGAAGGUUACGAAGACUUUGCCGCCCAAGAGGAUUUUGGUGUCGUCAACGAGCACGUCAACGUCAUGGAUGAGCACCGAAAGUUGAUCCGUGACAUUGCCGCCGAGGCAAACGUCCUUCUAAAGAACGUGAAGGCUAAUGGGAAGCCUGCUCUUCCUCUUGAGGACGGUAUUCCUUUCAUCGCCAUUUUUGGGUCCGAUGCCGGGCCAGCUGAAGUUGGACCCAAUGGCUGCCCAGACCGCGGUUGCGACAAUGGGACGUUAGCAGUUGGGUGGGGCUCCGGUACCGCGAACUUCCCCUACCUCGUCGACCCCCUUGAGGCCAUCCAAGAAAGAGCUUCUGCUGCAGGUAGUGAGGUCAUGUGGGUGCUUGAUAAUUACGCCUAUGAUGAGGCUAUUACACUUGCUGAUCAGGCCGCGGAUGCGCCUAGCGGUGUCUGCCUUGUCUUUGUCAAUGCGGACUCUGGCGAGGGCUACAUUGAUGUGGACGGUAACGAGGGUGACCGCAAUAACCUUACUCUCUGGCAUGAUGGUGAUACAUUAAUCAAGACCGUAGCGGAGCAUUGCUACAAUACCGUUGUCGUUAUUCACUCGGUUGGUCCCGUUAUUCUGGAGGAAUGGAUUGAGCACCCCAACGUGACUGGCGUGAUCUGGGCUGGUUUGCCGGGUCAGGAAAGUGGUCAUGCCAUUACAGACGUGCUCUUCGGUGAUGUUAACCCCAGUGGUGUUCUGCCAUUUACUAUCGCUAAAUGCCGCGAUGAUUAUCCCGCCCAUGUUCUUUAUCAACCGAACUUCUCUGUGCCCCAGAUCAAUUUCACGGAGGGCACGCUUAUUGACUAUCGCUGGUUCCUCUGCAACAACAUCACACCUCGGUACAGUUUCGGCUAUGGCUUGAGUUACACAGAAUUCAGAUACGGGAACAUCACUGUCGAGACGGUCGGUGACCUCGGCGAUUACGCACCUCGACCGGCAACGCCAUCUCUGUCGUUCUUGAAUGACACUGUCCCUCCGGUGUCCGAUUUGUGCUUCCCGACGUCUAUUUCGAGUGUCAGUGGCUACAUCUACCCAUAUAUCUCGUGUCCUACAUCUGUACCUUCAAGUGGCGCACAUCCUCACAAACCUAAAGCUGAUGCUGAUUCCACAAUGGCGGAGACCACCUGUUCAAAAACAUCGACUGCGCCGCGUCCCUCAUUGUCUGGAGAGGGACAAAAUGAAUUUAAUUCCUUCCCUUAUUCCAGGAAUGGAGGCGGAGUGGGCGGAAAUCCUUCCCUUUAUGACGUGAUCUUCAAAAUCUCGUUCGAAGUCGAAAACGUCGGCUGUUCUAAGGGCGCUACUGUGCCUCAGAUUUUCCUCCGUUACGCACAGGAUGACAUGCAGGGCGACAGCAAGUGCGAGGAUUGUGCGCAACUCACCGUUGCGGAUUACGAAAGAUUGUUCAUGUCCGACCAAGUCGAAAUCGUUCCUGUUGGCGAUGUUCCACGCAACGUGACAUGGUCUGAGACUGACCUUCGCGGCUUCGACAAGGUGGAAUUGUACCCGGGGGAAAAGACGACCGUCACUUUUGAACUCACUCGCCGCGAUGUUACGCGAUGGAGUUUCAGUUCCACUCUCGGUUAUCCGUACGCCCUCGGUGAGGGUUUGUACAAGCGUGACGGCCGCACUGAAAACGCUAUCAACUGUAUUAGGCGUUAA